AGGGAAGCCGGGGCCGAAGCGAGGCGGUCCCUGGGCACGGCGGGGCGGGGCUGGCCUGACCGGGCGGUCCCCGGCGGGUCCCUGGAAGGCGGAAGGCUGAGGCAGAGCCGUGCCGCCGGGGCUGAGCGGUGGCUUCCCGCUCCGGCGCCCCCGUGCCCGCGCCCGGCGCGAUGGAGGCGGCGCUGCUGGGGCUGUGCAACUGGAGCACGCUGGGCGUGUGCGCCGCGCUGAAGCUGCCGCAGAUCUCCGCGGUGCUGGCGGCGCGCAGCGCGCGGGGCCUCAGCCUCCCGAGUUUACUUCUGGAGCUGGCGGGGUUCCUGGUGUUUCUCCGCUACCAGUGUUACUAUGGGUAUCCGCCACUGACCUACCUGGAGUACCCCAUCCUCAUCGCACAAGAUGUCAUCCUCCUGCUCUGUAUCUUUCAUUUUAACGGGAACGUGAAGCAGGCCACGCCCUACGUCGCCGUAUUGGGGUCUUCUUGGUUCGUCCUCGCCCUGCAGAAGUGGAUCAUAGACCUGGCCAUGAAUUUCUGUACUUUCAUCAGCGCGGCCAGUAAGUUUGCGCAGCUCCAUUGUCUGUGGAAGACGAGAGACUCGGGAGCGGUGAGUGCGCUGACUUGGAGCCUCUCCUCCUACACCUGUGCAACAAGAAUAAUCACAACCUUAAUGACCACCAAUGAUUUUACAAUUCUUAUACGUUUUGUGAUCAUGCUGGCUUUAAAUAUAUGGGUAACAGUGACAGUACUUCGCUACCGGAAAACCGCCAUGAAGGCUGAAUGAUGGACACAUUAAUUCCUUUACACUGUGGAUGCCGAGUAACUGAACCAAAGGAAAAAGCAGCUCUUUGCUAAAUUAAGGUCUUUUAUAAAUUUAGUAAAUCAGUUUAGACUCUUUGAAGCCAAAGACUUUUUUAGGCUUGAAAGAGCCAUUUAAGUACAACAAUCCCGACCCCUCCUCCUUCCUCACUUCAUUAGGUUAUGGUAGCGCCCAGCCAUCGGCAGUGUUGAGGCCGGUGACUGUUGGAAGUCAUCCAGGAAGCCCAAUUCAAGGCCAUUUUGACUCUUACUCUUGAAGUCAUGAUAAAGUUCUCUACAAAGAACUUAACUACAUCGAUGUUUUUGGCUUUCAGAAUCUUUUAGGAAAUAAAUCCUCUCCAUGACAAAAAUGAA